GACCAUCCCCAAAAGACAGCAGCCAACAUUCGAGGGGAUUUUUGGCUCUUGGGAGACCAGGGAAUCAAGGAUGAAGAUGGCUAUUUCCAGUUCAUGGGGCGGAAAGAUGAUAUCAUUAAUGCCAGCGGGUACCGAAUUGCACCCUCAGAGGUGGAGAAUGCACUGAUGGAACACCCUGCUGUGGUCGAGACAGCUGUGAUCGGCAGCCCAGACCCUGUACGAGGAGAGGUAAUGAAGGCAUUUGUGGUUCUGGCCCCACAGUUCCUGUCCCAUGACCCGGAUAAGCUCACCAAGGAGCUGCAGCAGCAUGUGAUGUCAGUGACAGCUCCAUACAAGUACCCAAGGAAG